AAAACUGGGCUCUUUUGGGGGGAAUUAAAUCACGUAACUCUUUCAGAAUUGAGGCACCAACACUACGUGGCGGAAAGUCGCCUGAAUGUGUUUUUUUGCGUUUGUUUUGAUGUCUAAAUUGGGAGUAAGUGAUAGUAACGAUAACUAACUUUUGAAACUGGCACUUAAUGUGUUAGCUUGCUAGCUUGAUGUUACCUUUGUCUACCGUUUUCCGUACGGUACUCGGCAGUUCAUAAAAGACAAACAAGAUGCUGUAUUUCCUUGUUUAACCACAGUGUAACGUUACUCGUUGAAGUGUUGGAGGGAGCCAAAGUAACCCGUUACUGUCGGCGGUGGUUUGUUGUGGGGUGUGUGCCAUGGAGACACAGGGGUGGAUCCUCUGUUAAGUUUUGCGGUUUUCAAGGCAACCGACCCCCUGUUGCUGUGAGGUCUGCAAGCGAAAAUCUGAAAAUCCUGCCUGCUGAAUCGGCGAAAUAAAUGUGUCGAUCUCUACAUGAGUGUUUCAGGUGCUGCAUCCAAAGAUCUCCUCUUCCUCAAGACUGAAGACUGGGCGAUGAGUCCUCCUUAGCUGUACCUCUGGACUGUUAGCAGCUUACUGACAUGACCUGCAGUCGGUAAGCUUCAGUAGCCAUGGCUUUGAAAGUGGACCUCACUGCGGAGCCAGAUCAACAAGAAAAGAUGCAGAAGGUUCCUGUGCCUGGCUGAGACCUAAAGGUGGCAACAGUCGGCUGAAAGGUGAAUGGAGACAAGAAAGAGCACCACAGCAGGGGUUCUGUUCUGGACCCCCGCCCCAGUCCGCACCUCUCCCACCAGCUCUGCAAUAUCUGAGGAUGUGUGGGAGGAUGAGGAUGAAGAACGGGAAGAGAAAGAAGAUGACUUUGUCAGCCAGAUGGACGAGAAUGGCAUCAUUGGGCUGUCAGAAGCACUGGAGGAUGUGGGGUCAGGGGGCAGUUGUGGUGAUAGAGAUGCAGAAUGUAAUCCAAACUUGUACCCUGGACCCCUCACCCCAGAGGAGUCAGAUCUAAGUGGGCAUGAGAGGGAUACACAAACUGAUGAGCUGAGUUACAACCCGAGUGAGCGUCUGUCCCGCACUGAAUCACCAGGAGAGGAUCAACAAAUACUGUCACCAUGUGAUGACUUGAUUGGCAGCUUAACAGCAUGGACAGUGGAUGAGGAGGUGAGGCAGAAGAAAGAGGAGCAGGGGACAGGGUGCCUCCCCGAGAGGGACAAAUACUUGGACAUGAAUGAGGAGGAUGAAGUUGGAGAGGAAGUGGGGAACUUGAGUGACAGGAAGAGAAAGAAAAAUGAGCAUUUUAGGACAUUAAGAAAGCUUGGAACGAGUAGCUUGGCUCAGAGCUAUAUUUCCAAAGAAGAGGCUGAGAAGACGAGCUCCACUCCAUCUCGUGGUGUUCAUCUGAUAGCCACGGAACCUGCUGGAGUCUCCAGUCAUCACUGCCCAAUGUCCCAGCCUGCCUUGCCUGUCACAGCCCCUAUUCUCCCCCACCGUCUCCACUUCACUGCUGAGGAAAUAGCCUCUGCUCCAGGGAUCGAAGCUGAGACGCUUCCAGAGAUGAGCUGCGUAGAAAGUCUUCCAGAAUCACACAGGAGCCACAUAAGCCUCAAGUCCAGUCCUCGUUGUCCCGAGUUAAAGCUCAGGGCUUCUUUUCAGCAGCCAGCCACGUUCUCUGAAGAAGUCACGUCAAAUCCUUACAGCGGAGUCAGUACUGGGCUUCUAAAGGGAUCAGUUAAGUCACAUAAGCGUCAUGAAGAGCCCACUCCCUCACCAAGGAAGACAAGGCAGCGCGUUCCUGAAGCUACAUGUUCAUCUCGUUCCCUCAGCACAGUGGGGACAGACUCCUUAAAAUGCAACCAUCAGACCACAAGUCCUCACAGAGAGCCGGGGACACCCAGAGCCAGGAGGAAUGCUGCUGAAGCGGAUGAAACCAGAAAAGUGCCUCUGACUUACCGCACACCAGACUUCUCCAAUGUGGAGCCAAGGGUCCAUUUCCCCAAAGGAGGUUACAAGCCCCCGAAGAGCAGACGCUCUUCCAAGAGGGAGUCCCUGUCACCUGAGCCCCCCUUGGUGUUUAAAUCCCCUGCUGACAUAGUGAAAGAAGUCCUACUGAACAUCCCUGACGGAUCCCCUGACCCAUCAGGCUCUUACAGAGCUCCAGCCAGUGCCCCCGACUUCACUGUGCCUCAGGAGUUCAGAUGCCGCCAGCAUGCCACCACGCUGCUCGAACAGCUACAGGAGGACUACAACACACUGCUGACUAAGUAUGCCGAAGCAGAGAACACCAUUGAUCGUAUGCGUCUGGAAGCCAAGGUGAACCUGUACUCUGACCCCCCAAAGCCCGGCCACUUGGUGCACACAGGACUGAACCAGGAUGCCUCAAGAUUCAUGAUGCUGGAUUUUCCUCAGGCUCAGAGAGCAGAGAUCAACUCGGCCUCUCUCCAUCCACAUGGACACAGCCCUCAUCAGAGAAGUUCACCUGCCUGUCCUUCCACAAUAAGCUCCGAUCCUCAGGUGACACAGCAACCGGCCAAGAUGCUCUACAGUAAGGCCAACAAGUUCCUCCAGCAGCUGCAGAUUUUUGAAGAUCUCCUUAAGUGCAAGAAACUCAAACCCUUUGAGCAGGUCAAGGGUCUGUCACAGCUUGCUGAGGGGCUCGACUCUUUAGAGAGAGGGUACCUGUUUGCGAGGGAUGAGCACAAACUCCUGCUGCAGGGAGGCACAGAACUCAGCCACUUUGACCCUGAUCGGGAGCUGGAGGGGCUGAUCUUUCAAUGUGGGCUGCGCGUGGACGAGCUGAAGGAGCAGGUAGAACAGAUGCAACAGGAGCAGCCCACCUGUGAGGCUCCACCCUCUCCACCUCCUCACCCCACCCCUUCAUCUGUCCCCUCUCACCCACAGAGCCCACCUGUGCCUUCGCUGCUUGAUCCAGGAGAGGCGGCAGUGGUGGAGGUGAGCUCAGCCAGUGAAGAGAACGAUGAAGAGACGGAGGAUGAAGAAACUCUGAACUCUCUCUACCUCAGACCUCUGAAUGGCAAACACAGACAUGAACAAGACUUUGCCAAACUAAUGGAUCACUAUCAAAGCUUCAAGGAGCUUCCGAAACUUUUAGAUCAUGGCCAGAGGGAGGGAGCUCCCCUUCCUGCUGCCGUUAGAACCAGCAUGAAGCCUGGGGGCGAGGAGGAGGAGGGACAGAGUCAAAGAGCUGGAAACCUGGAAGUCCAGAAGAGUUUUCCACAGAGUAAAUCAGACCAACAGGACUCUCCUCUUCGCAGCAGCAAACAGCGGACCAGCAGGUCCAGUCCUCCAUCACGCAGGGCCUCCAGCCAGUCCACCACACUCCCCGAUCAUCCUCCCAAUAGCAGAAGGAGGUUAGAGGGAGGAAGGUCUCACAGCAGCAGUCUGAGCAGUCUAGGAGAGAUGGCUGCAUUGGAGAAGAGGAACUCCAGACUCCAAGCUGGGAGCAGCAGAGUGCUUUCUCAGCAGGAUGGGAUCAUCUCUCCAGAGACGGACAGCGGCUUUGUUGGUUCAGAGAGCAGCCGUCUGACUCCUGCAGCAGCUCCCAGUCCUCUCCACCAGAGGGCCUCAGAGAGUGCUCCAGUGCCUCAGGAGGGGAACCAAGGGAAGCUUCAGACAGGCCCCGUCUCAGCAGCAUCUCCUGCCUCAUCACCAUCAAACAGUCGCACGGCUAUAGAGCCCAGCGGGGGCUCCCGGCUUAGCCCCAGCCAGCCGAGGAGAACCAGGCAGGGGCAGAGGAGGCGUACCUUCUCCUGCUCUCCACAGCGCUGGGUCAGUCAGACGGAACGAAGCAGGGUCAACAGUAGGACCAGUGACUUUGGGCUGGAGAGUGACAGCACAGCUCACACUGUCUCUGAAGACGGACAGUAUGACCGGGACACAGAGUCUAUCAAUUCCCUCCACAGCUGCAGCCCAAGCUCCUCCCCCUCUGCACGGCAUCACCAUGGCGAUUCUGUCAGAGCACUGAGCUCCAGUCAGGUGGCCAAUCGCAAUGACGCAAUGCAGAUGCUGCAGGCCGAGGUGACCAGACUGAAGGAGAGACUAGAAAGGUGUCUGAGAAAUAACAAUCCUCCAAGCCCUCUGAGAGCAGCUCCUUCAGCUCAGGAGAACUACACUCACCACAACACCUCUACACCACGCGGCAGGUCUGGGGAUCGAUGGAGUGACAUCAGCAGGGGAAGAAGAGACAGACAGACGGUUGAUGAGGUUGAGGAGUCUACACUGAGAUGGACCACCGGAAAGAGGACACCUUCUGAACACAGACAAAAACCACGACAUGACACCUAUUCAGAGCCCUCUAUACCCCAGCUUCAGCCCCAGCCCCAGCCCCAGCCCCAGCCUCAGCCUCAGCCUCAGCCCCAGCCUCAGCCUCAGCCCCAGCCUCAGCCUCAGCCUCAGCCCCAGCCUCAACCUCCACCUCUGGUGUCCAGAUGUACUCAAACAUUCGCUGCAGCACCGAACAGCUGUUGUUCACACACAAAUACCGUCCACAGCAGAACACAGCCCAGGAAGCAUCCUAGUAUGUCUGCACAAGUGUUUGAGGCAGCAGAUGAACCUGACAGCAGAAGUCGUCGUGCUCUGCUUUGUCCUCAGUGUGAGUCACGUAACCGAGGGCGACCUAAAGGGCCUGUUGGUGGCAACAGAGAGCCGACUCACUCCUCUCACUGUCGUCACUGUCCUCUCUGUGGAUGCCCUGAACCAAACAUUGAGCCAGACUGCCGCAGAGUCUCAGACCCCCCCCCACGCACAAGCCGCCAUCCAGAGUCCCCAGACAGAGCGACGAGGAGCAGACACUUCACAGCUGCAGCUCCACCCACACUGCUGCAGUGCAUGCCAGUGUGUCAGCCACCACUCCUGUUGUACUCAGCGCCCCUCUGCGUGUCUCAUAGCAACAGCAACGGCACAUCGUCAGGGGUCAGAGGUCGCGGGGAGGCGAGGGAGAGGACGAGACGCUCCCUGUCCGCCAACAAGCAGCGCUCCAUCGACAGCUCUCUGAACAGAGCAAUCAGAGCAGCUCGGCACAUGAAACACACCUCUGGGCACAUGGCUCGCUCUCUGGCUACCGGGCUGCAGUACCAGGAGCUGCUGACCGAGUCCUGCAGCUUCUAGCCUGGAAUCCCUCCGCAAGCUUUAACAUCCAGCAUCUGUUCAGCUGCAGGAUGAGGCUGCCCACAUCAUGAGGGAAGGGACCAGGUGAACAGAAAACCUAAAGUCUGUCUUUAUAACUUUUCUUUGGUUCCUACAUUUGGAGAACUGAACCUUCAUCUGUUGCUUUUUUUAAUUGUAUAAUUUUAUGGAAACAUUUAAGUCUCAGGUGGCCAAAGAGGAAUUUGUUUCUUUUGCAGGCAUAAUAUUGUUCAAGAAGAUAUGCUGGCAUACAUUGAAAUGACGUACUUUCUUUUAAAAUGUCGUUGAUCAUAUUGAUUUUCAAACUGAUGAACUAAAGAAAUUAGUUUCUUCUUCUUCACUGGACAUGAGAAGUUACAGCUGUCUUGAAAUGACAGUUGUAAUGAGUAAAUACUCAGUUAUGUUGAGCUAUUUAUUGAUCAUGUGACCGUUAAUCGAUCAUGUUAAUGUGUUUUAUUUUUUUCUAGUUUGUAUAAGUCUAGAAAUAAGUUCAGGAUUUCAGUGUUAUUUUAGUUGGCGUAGAAACGUUUUCUUGUUGGUACAGUAGCGAGCUGCACUGUAAAUCAAAUGCCCUCUCUCUUUGCCUCUGUUGUGAUGGAGCCAGUUUUGGAUGUUCAUAUAAGAGACCACCAUGGAUCUAUUGUGUAAAUGGUCAACAGCUCAUCAACUUCAUCUGUAAAAUACAGUGAAAAGAGUCAUGUGAUCGAGGACCUGAGAUGCUGGAUAUCCUCAAGAUUGGUCUCCUUCUGUGCUGUUCAGGUCACUCUGUACAUAUAGAGGACACAUUUUAAAUUGUGAAAUUUUGGAACUAAAUUUUGUACAUUAUUUUAUAAUAAGCUUGUGAGUAUAACUGUAUGAGCCGCACAAGUGAGUCUGCUGUAACUGACCAGCUUUAUGUUGAGCAGAUAUUCACACACCAAAGGCCACUGAGCCUCCAGGCUGCUGUGGAUCCAUCUGUAUAUACCGACAGGACCGGCGACACAAACAGAGGAAUGAGACUGUUUUUACUAAUGAACACACCCUCUAACUGUGGAUGUUUUAAGGUCUGUUCUGUUUUUGUUAACUUCUAAUCCUUUUUUACUUUUGUACCAUUUUUUUCUGUAGGUCUAUUUUGAUACUUUGAAGAGAAUCUCUUCAGUUGUCCCUAAGGAGUCAAAUAAAAGAGGAAUUGAACAUUUA